AUGUCUUUUUCAAAUAUACUGAAUCGAUCCAAGCAAGCUUUAUUCAAAAACAACAUGUUACAGCAACAGCCACCCACAUCAUCAGAUACAGCAACCCUGCCAUUAGACGGCCAGCACUACUUUGAUAAGGCAAAUAAUCAUCUAUUCGGUAGAAAGGGACACUCAGUCGACCCAAUCACUGCCGUAUACUACUAUAGAAAAGCAAUCAACAUCUUUCAACAUGGGAAAUCAGAAGGUGUCUUGGGAUUUUGCUACGAAUUCGGUCUUGGAGUGCCCAAAGAUUUCGUUCAAGCCGAAAAACACUACCUCUCAGCCGCUAAAAAGUCAAGCGAUAGUUUAUCCAUGGCUCGCCUUGCUUUUUUGAGAAAAUACGGUCGACCUUCCGUCAAGAUCGAUAGAGUGGAGGCAGAGGAAUGGGCUGAGAAAGUCAAGCAAUGCCCUCAUGCUGUAGAUUGGAUCAUCCAUGCUGCUACGAUCGACAAUGAUUCAUCCGCUCAGUAUGCAUUGGGCGUAUGCUAUCAUGAUGGUGUUGGCAUGCCUAAAGACGAAAUGGCUGCGUUUCGCUGGUAUAAAGCAAGUGCUGAUCAAGGAAAUGCCCGUGGUCAAGGUAUUUUAGGUUAUUGUUACGGCGAGGGCUUUGGUGUUGCCAAGGACGAAUUAGAAGCGAUGCGUUAUUACCGACUAGCUGCCGCUCAAGGGGAAACUGUGGCUAUUUAUAAUGUCGGAUACUGCUAUGAGGACGGAAUUGGAGUCGAGAAGAAUGUCUAUGAAGCUGUAAAGUACUACCAAUUGGCUGCAGAACAGGGCAACGCAUUUGCUCAGAACUCUUUGGGAUACUGUUACGAGGACGGCAUUGGUGUGUCUCAAGAUUUUAGAAAGGCAACACAGUGGUACCAGCUGUCUGCAGAGCAGGGAUAUCCAUGGGCUGAGUGCAAUCUUGGCUACUGCUAUCAGAACGGUAUUGGUGUUGAUAAAGACGAUGCACUAGGUGCAAUGUGGUAUAGAAAGGCUGCUCUUCAGGGCCAUGCAAGAGCUCAACACAAUCUUGGAUUUUGCUACCAGAACGGCAUUGGCGUGGAGAGAGACGAAGCAGAAAGUGUGAAAUGGUACAGACGAUCAGCGGAGAGAGGAAAUAUCUUUGCAUAUCAUUCCCUGGGGUACUGCUAUCAGAAUGGUAUUGGAGUCGAAGUCAACGAGCAAGAAAGCGUGUUCUGGUACUAUCUCUCGGCCGAAGAGAAUCAUGCCCCUGCUCAAUUGUCGCUGGGCUAUUGCUACCGUAACGGUAUUGGUGUCCCCAAGAACGAACGCGAAGCUUGCAAGUGGUUCAGACUGUCAGCAGAACAAGGUAAUGCACUGGCACAAAACUCGCUGGGAUUCUGCUAUGAAGAAGGAUUGGGUGUCAAGAAAGAUUGUCAAAGAGCAUGCUUCUGGUAUCACAAAUCUGCCCGUCAAAACAAUCCAUGGGCUCAGUGUAACUUGGGAUUCUGUUAUGCAAAUGGCAUUGGCGUGCCAAAAGAUGACGCUAAAGCUGUGAUGUGGUAUCGUAAAGCAAGUGCACAAAAUCAUGCUAGGGCUCAGGACAAGUUGGGUCUUCAUCUACAGAGUGGACUUGGUGUCGAAAAGGAUUUAACUGCUGCCUUUGAGUUAUUCCAGAAAGCAGCCGGCAAUGAUCAUGUAUCUGCUUACUAUCAUCUGGCCAACUGUUACGAAAAGGGUUUGGGAUGCGCUGUAGAUCUUCGACAGGCAACUAGAUGGUUUGAAAAGGCCGCAUUGGCCGGUUGUCGAAGCUCCCAUGAGAGACUAAGAAGACUACUAGUCAGAGUGUGUCUGAUCUCGCCUGGCACAUUGCCUGCAAUGAGUGAUGAUGAUUUGAUGUGCUCUGGGUUCAUCUGUGGGCACAGUGCGCCGGCCGCAUAA